GCCUAGCUAUAUGUAAACUCUAGUCAGUUAUUGAUUGAUUGUUUAACGCCAUUUUAACAUUCGAGUACAUUUGGUUGAAUAUUAACGUUUCGUUUCAUAUAUUCUUGAGCAACUGUUUGUAACAACUUGAUUAACGAUGCCCAUAAAACGCUUAGUUAUAUUGAAAAGGUCAAACUAAUAAUAGAAUGACGUGGUUAAUGUAUGGAAUGGCAGCCUUGAAAUCGGCGUUACCAUUUUGGAUCCCGAAUAUAUGGAGCUUCCCGCAACGGCCACCAAACUCCGGAAUACAGCCUGCAUAAUGUCUGGCAGUUCUCAAUUGCUUCAUUUAAAAGGGCAGAAAAGUCCGCUGUUUACCCUCAUGGUCUGUUCGUGUGGGAUAUUGCCAGGAGCUUUCCCGUCGUGGUACUAGGUCCUGUGGGUGGGACGUCAAAUUCAAUGCAUCGUCUCCUGUAGGUGGGACGUGAAAUUCAAUGCGUCGUCCUCUUCGUCGCCACUGAUGCCUGCGUUAACCAGGCACCAGCACCAUUAAUGUUGGAAGUAAGAACUCACGAGGCACUGGAAGCCAAUUAAGGUCCUGUUUGGAUCAGGGCUACUCGGUGGAGGUGUGUUCUUUCAGAUAAAAAGUUCCAAACGACUUGAUGCAGAACGUCAAAGUGGAAGAGGUGAUUUGUGUAGUUGCAAUCAUCAACAUCGACUCAACUGAAAUGGGUUCUUUGUUGGUUCCCGUAGUUCCUGUCAGCGAGACACGUCGAAGAAGGGCCGCCUUGCCUUACACCUUCCACUACAUACAUGGAGGGAACAUCAAACUUUGCAGUUCAGACACAGUGGCAAUGCGUACGUCGGGAUAUCAAGAUGCAGUCGCCAUUGUCAGCCAGCCUCUACGUCGCGGUCGUCGGUUUAGGUUCCGAGUGGACAAAUUAGAAGACAGCUGGGAAGGCAGCCUGUCCAUAGGUGGGGUGCCAUACGCCUCCCUACAGACUCCGUGCCAGAGUGUGCCAUGCGGCUCGAUCCACCAGCCUGGAUUCUUUCCAGCGAUUUACAGUUCAAUCAGGUGUGAAUAAUUUAUCAUGUCAGUAACAUAUCUGGGAAGUGAGGAAAUCGAGCGACUGCUGCCUUUCUCAGCAGCCGUUUCUCAGGUUCCCUCCCCGAAAGAUUUGUCUUAUUUAUAGUUGAUGACUUUAUCUGUAGUUCCUAGGCUAUGCUAAUUACUAAGUAAUAGUUAUUCCGCGAAAAAUAAUUUGAUAUUUCCGUCCUGAAUAUUUUGUUUUGAUGUAUAUAAGAAGCUAUUUUGUGAAUCACGGUUGUCAUUAUAUUAUGGAUAUUACGAAAUAAUAAUUGUAUGCGUUUUAGAUUUGUGGUUACAUUUAUGUAUGUAUGCGGUACAAGACGGAACUACCAUAAGAGUCCAUUCGCGGUUGUGCUAAGCUCAGUGCCCGAUCAAAGAUUUAAGUCUCUGGAACUGCACGAAUUCGUAGUCCGCGCACUCGCUCUAUCUCCCUUACUGUCAUGCAAAGAAUGCGGAAAGACGAUGAAUCCCGGCGAAUCAAAUCGGGAUAAUCGGAUAUUUUGAUUGAAUCAUUGUAUUUUAAUCGGUCUUUAGCAAGUGUGCAAAGUUUGAAUGAAAUCUGUCCGUUCAAAAUAGCGCCCUAAGGGGCUCCUUACAAACAGACAAGUGUAGCUUAUAUAAAGCGUGUAAAAUGAUUAAUUAAUGUUAUAAACAUACAAGUGAAGCUAAUAUAAAGCUUGUAAAAAUUAUAAUUAAUAUUUGUUAUUGUGGCGGAUGCCUGCCAUUUUGAAUACUAAAAGCGAAUAGCAAUUCACUUAGACAUUAAUCUAAUUAUUGGAUUUUAUGAUUAGUUUACCUUUUAAUUGCGCGAGAAACAUUUAGUUUAUUUAAAAUAAACGAUAAAAAUAUCAUUUGAAUGCAAUAUGCAUUAUUAACUAGACAACAAUUAAAACAAAGUUGUGCCUUCGUGAAGAGGUGAUUAAUUUUAAUAAUAAUCUGAAUACUUUAUGUUUAAAAUGAUGUUUUAUAAUUGUCAAAAAGAGGUGAUAUAGUUAAUUAAAAAGCGAAUAUCUCCUGCUUUUGAUUUAUGUUUUUCGUGAGAAGUUAUAUAGUAUAGAGAUUGGUAUGUAAUUGGUAAUAUUUGCAUAGCUUAUUUUUAAAAAGGGUGUUAUAAAUUAGCUAUAACAUGGACAAGCUCGACGCUCGUGCACGACGGCACA